CACGUCCCUCUGGGACAAAUUGUCUAUCAGCUGAUUGACCAAUCGAUUGAUCUGCUAAUGGGAUGCUAAUGUCCUCAGGCUAACGUCCUCCUGCUGCUGUCCCGUCACCUAGCAACACCAUCCAAACAUCUGUCCAACCUUUUCCUGUGAUUCUUCCAGGAACUUCUGCUAAUUCUAAAUAAUUAUUCAUUAUUUGUUAAUCAGACUUCUGGAUUGUCUCCAAGGCUGCAGUGAGAUUCAUUUUCUCUUUGCAUGUUGAAUGCACAUCAUCUUCUGACCACAAAGCAGUUAUGUAGCAUCAUGUCAUAAAAACAUGUAAAUUGUGCAACAUUAUGUCCCACAAUGCACUUCAUUGAAUAUUGAUUUGGGUUUUCAGUGUUUAUUCAGAUCCCAGCUGUUCCUGUUUCCCGGUCGGGUUCUAGUCGACCCAGUUGCUGCCUGGAUCUUAAACCAUCAUCUUGGGUCCAACCGUGUUUCUCCACCAAACAGCCGCAUCAUGACAUUCCUGUUUGUUGGUCCUCAUUUUAUCAACUGGAAGAUCAUUUUUGAGAAGAAGUUGAUCGUUUUUCAUGUUUCCAGAUCCUUCCUCUUUUUCUUCGUCCUUUUUUUAAACUUUUAAACUAAGAGCUUUGACAUGUUAGUCAGGGAGUGUCUGACGCAGGUAGGCCUUUAUGCAAUGUUUCUCCUGAAGGUCAGAGGUCGUCCACAGGACACAAUCAGCUGGAGAAGUUCUUAAAUCUGAACGUGAACCGGCUCCACCACAUCAUUAGUCUCCACUGUGAAAUAAUGAGGUUAGUUCUGCUCCAGAUGUUCAUUUACCCUGGGGGCAUUAUUGGCUCUGUUCCAUUACCCCCCCGCCCCCCCAGCCCCGCCCCUCAUCAUCAGUUGAUCAGUGCGACAUAAAAAGCUCAAAGUUCCUCUGAACGUCCUGCAGUCCAGACAAACAUCCUCCAGCCUGAUUUCCAGCUGACAUCCACCACACAGAUUGCAGUUCUGAUCCAGCAACAGAAUCCAGGCAGAACCGAACAAAGAUCUGGAACCAUUGGGGUUCAGGAAUCCAGCCAGAACCUCUGUGUUCUGCAGCAGAUCCAGGAUGGCAUCUCACUGCCCCCCGGCAGGAAACUGCACAGAUCAGCAGAAACACCUCGGGAUGCUCGUUCCCACCCUCGGCGCCCUGCAGCAGCUACGCCCGUUCCCUACUGUGGACGUUCCUGCGCAUGCCCAUUACGUCAUCGGCUGUGUGAUCCUGUUGGUGGGAGUGACGGGAACGCUGGGGAACGCUCUGGUCAUCUACGUGUUCUGUCGUAGCAAGACGCUGCGGACACCCAGCAACCUGCUGGUGGUCAACCUGGCGGUGGCGGACUUCCUGAUGUCGGUGACGCAAUCUCCGGUCUUCUUCGUGGCCAGCCUGCACCGCCGCUGGGUGUUCGGAGAGUUCGCCUGCGAGCUCUAUGCCUUCUGCGGCGCUCUGUUCGGCAUCGCGUCCAUGAUGACGCUCACGGCCAUCGCCGCGGACCGCUGCCUGGCCAUCACGCGGCCGCUGGCGCUGCUGGGCGCAGUGAGCCGCCAGCGGCUCUCCGUGGUGGCCGUGGGGGUGUGGGUGUACUCGCUGGGCUGGAGUCUGCCGCCGUUCUUUGGGUGGAGUGCCUACGUCCCUGAAGGUCUACAGACGUCCUGCAGCUGGGAUUACAUGAGCUUCACGGUCACGGUGCGCACCUACACCAUCCUGCUCUUCCUCUUCGUCUUCUUCAUCCCUCUGGCCGUCAUCGGCUCCUGCUACCUGGCCAUCUUCAGGGCCGUGCGACGGGCGGCUCAGGAGGUGAAGAGGCUGAGCAGUGGCGAGACCACCAAGGCGUAUGAGCGGCUGCGCGGCGAGUGGCGGAUGGCCAGAGUGGCUCUGGGAGUGAUUCUGCUCUUCGUCGUGUCCUGGUCGCCGUACUCUGCCGUCGCUCUGACCGCCACCGCUGGUUACGCCCACCUGCUGACCCCCUACAUGAACUCGGUACCUGCAAUCAUCGCCAAGGCCUCCGCCGUCCACAACCCCAUCAUCUACGCCAUCACACAUCCAAAGUAUCGUGCUGCCAUUGGUCGACACUUCCCGCUGUUGCGUGCUGUGCUGCGGCUGCACGAAAAGGACCUGCACUCCUCGUUCAGCUCCAGCACCGCCUCGUCUCGCCGCACCACGCUCAGCGGUUCGCCAGGGGUCCGGCUGGGCGCCGGGGUCCGGACCAACGGACGCUGGCCGCAGAGCCGGCUGUCCUCAGCUUCUGACAGCGACUCCUGCUGGACGGAAAGCGAAGCUGACGGCUCCAGCGCAGCAUCAACAGCCAUCAACCGCCGGACAUCCACCCAGGUGUCAGCUGAGGCGUCUGACCCCGCCCACAUGACCCAUCUGAUUGAGUCUGGACCGACAGACAGCGACUCACCUGAAGGGGGCGCCGCCAUGGCGGCAAAACCUCUGCUGGCUCCAAUUUAAUGGCACCACCCCUUGAAGUCAUAGCUCCGCCCCCUGUAGCCAGAGUCAUAGCUCCGCCCCCUGUAGCCAGAGUCAUAGCUCCGCCCCCUGUAGCCAGAGUCAUAGCUCCGCCCCCUGUAGCCAUGUUUCUAGCCUUUCUUUCUUUUAUUCAAAUGUAUUAAUAAAGAUACCUGGUGGCAUUUCACAGGUAAAACUG